GUCCUCACCCACCACCGCUGCUUCUCCCGUCACUGUUGACCAUCAUACAGCUCCAGUGACACUGUUCUCGUCUCAUCCAGCAGCCAUUAACCGGUUCCUCCAGGGGAAGUUGUGCGACCAUCGCUGAGAGCAGAGUGGGCUCGGAGAGUGAGUGGUGCCAUGAACGACCUCGUCGGAGGAGUGAACGAGGCAGUUUGAGGCAUGCAUGAAGCAGAGAUUACAACACCGCUCACCUGUGGAUGUUGGACUCGAGUGCGGCAUCAACCUCUUAAAUCCAGCUCCCACAGGAAAGAGAUAUGAGGUGGGAAGCUGUGGCGGGAGUUACCAUGGCGACGGUUGUCGUGGCGACGGUGGCCAGCGUCGUCCCACAAUGCCUCUCCGACAGUAGCAACUUCAGAAGUGGCAACUCCAAAAGUGUCAACACUGACCUCUCCGGCAUCAACGACUUCAGCUUUGAUCUCUACAGACAACUUUCCCGCAACACCCCGGCCGAGAACCUCUUUGUCUCGCCCUAUAGCAUUUGGACAGCGCUCACCCUGACCUACUUCGGGACGGCGGGAAGCACCAAGACCCAACUGGAAGCCGCGCUCAGAGUUACGGACAAGGCGUCAACACUGCGGUUGUGGCGCGCACUUGACGUAAUGUACGCCCAGCGAGCCAAGAGCCAGCCCCAGUACACCUUCAACAUCGCCAAUCGUGCCUACUUUGACGACCUCCUUGACCUGCGACCUUGCAUCUCCACCAUCCUCCGCAAGGAGCUCCAGAUGAUCGACUUCUCAGACCUUCAUAGAGCCUCGGCCACCAUCAACGAGUUCGUGUCCACCACCACCAAAGGCCACAUUCCGAAUCUGGUGAGCCCUGAAGACAUGGCGGACGCCGUCAUGAUACUCAUCAACGCCGCCUACUUCAAGGGCACCUGGAGGUACCAGUUCAAACCCUCGCACACACAACCCAGGCAGUUCUUUGUCUCCCCCGGCCACUCUGUCGACGUGCCCAUGAUGAAGAUCAAGGCCAAGUUCAGGCUAGUUCAUUCAACGGAGCUGCGUGCCAGAGUUCUGGAAGUGCCCUAUGCCGGCGACGCCAUCUCCAUGUUGCUGCUUCUGCCGGAUUUAGAAGGAGUGGAAGGGUUCUCACACACGGUGUCAGCGCUCGCUUCCAACACCCUACUGGAGGUCACCAAGGGGAAUGUCCAAGCUGUGACGGUCGACCUCCUCCUACCCAAGUUUAAGAUGGAACAGAUGUUCAAUGAGGACUUGAUGGAGGGCCUCAAGAACCUGGGCAUCCGUGACCUGUUCAACAGUAGUUCAGCCGACCUGUCGCAGUUCUCAGUCAACAAGGAGCUCGUCGUCAGCAAGACUAUCCACAAAGCUUUCGUCGAGGUGAAUGAAGAAGGGACAGAGGCCGCAGCUGCGACGGCGGUGUUGACGUAUGUCAGAUCCGGCUUCAACAGGGCGCAUAGUUUCGUCUGUAACAGACCGUUCUUGUUCCUCAUUCACGACAACCAAACGAAGAACGUUCUGUUCAUGGGAGCUUACAAGAAGCCGCUGACAGGCUCCUACAGGAGCACCCAGACAGACAACGGGAAUAGCUGUGCAACAAAUAUAUAGCCACAAUGGAUGAGAUCAUUUGUAGACAGAGGCAUGAAUUUAAAGAAGAGAGAGAAUCAACGAGAAAAAGACAGAAAAAUGGUAGAUUAAUAACGCGGAGACAGAGAGAAAGAUAGUUUAUAUAGAGACGGGCACCAAGGCUAUGAAUGAGAAUCAUGAUAAGCAAUCACACAAGGUCACCUCGAAGACGAAUUAAGACAAAAUUGACAUCGAUACAAAUAUAAUAUACAGAUGAAUAGUCAUGUUGGUCGAUGUUGCAAUAACAGACAUUAUUUAAUGUCAAAUAAGAAAAUACAUAUAUGUUCCCUAUUAUCAAGUUCUAAAUAUAUUGUUAAAACUUAA